AUGAUAACAACACGGCCAGGAGGAGAGCCAAAGUCGUCGGACACCAAAUGGGAGUCCGGGAAAAAGGAAGCCACGCUCCAAUUUCCGGAGAGGAACCCUGGUGAAGGAGAUCCAUUCCGAAAUUGGAGCAGAGCAAGGGUGGGAGAGGAAGGAAGUGGCCUUGGAACUUGUCACAUCAAUGGAAAGUUUGGUCAAAGGACCAUUGAGUUGAUUGUGUCUACUCACCUAGCUGGUCUGCUUCUGCUUUUCAACACAAGAGACUUGAUGAGUUACACUGACAUCCAAACUAUACUGAACGUAACCGAUGAAGAUCUAGUGCGGUUACUUCUUUCCUUGUCUUGUGCUAAGUACAAGAUUCUUAUCAAGGAUCCAAACACAAAGACUUUUUCCAAGAAUGAUGUUUUUGAAUUCAACUCCAAAUUCAACGUUGGAAUGCGCAGAGUAAAGACCCCUCUCCCUCGUGCUGAUGAAAGGAAGAAAGUCGUUGAAGAUGUAGUAGAGAAAGACAGGCGCUAUGCAAUUGAUGCUGCCAUUGUCAGGAUCAUGAAGGGAAGUAAAGUAUUGGGAUAUCAACAACUUGUUUCUGAGUGUGUCGAGAAACUUAGCCGGAUGUUCAAGCCUGAUAUUAAAGCGAUCAAGAAACGUAUCGAAGAUUUAAUAAACAGAGAUUAUUUGGAGAGGGACAAGGAAAAUCCUAACAUGUUUAGGUACUUGGCUUAG